GUUUGAUUUAGGCGAGAUUAUAAGGUAAAGUGGACCAAGGUCUAAAGGAAGUGGGUGUGGCUUAUCUCAUUUAGCCAUUUAACAGCAUGAAAUACCAAACAAGAGUUAAUUUGUUUCAUUACUAAGUCCCGUGGUCAGUUGAGUAUUGAAAUAUGGCAAGCAGCACCCCAUUGGUGCUGGUAACGGGUGCCACAGGGUACGUCGCCUCCCACGUUGUCCAGCAGCUACUGCAGCAAGGUCACCGUGUCCGCGCGACCGUGAGAAGUCUGAAGGAUCAUGUCAAGGUCAAGCACCUGCACGAGCUGUGCCCGUCAGCUGAACACAAGCUCGAGCUGGUGGAGGCGGAUCUGUUGGACGCUGACUCCUGGACUCCGGCAGUCCAGGGCUGCACCUAUGUCCAGCACGUGGCCAGCCCCUUCCCAUCAGCCCCACCCAAGAGGGACGAUGACCUGAUCAGACCAGCUGUAGACGGCACGUUGAACGUCCUGAGGGCGGCACUGGCGUCUGGUACCGUACAGAGAGUGGUGCUCACAAGUUCUGUUGUUGCCGUAGCUUCUGCAGGUGGGAAUGUGACACCCUACACAGAGAGCGACUGGGCUGAUGAGAAGUCUCCACAUACAGGUGCUUACAACAAAAGCAAAAUUCUGGCAGAAAGAGCUGCUUGGGAUUUCGUGAAAACUGUACCAGCAGAGAGAAAGUUUGAGCUGGCUGUUGUGAAUCCUGUUCUGGUAGUUGGUCCAGCACUUCACGGAAACCCUGGUACAAGUAUUGAAAUAAUUAAACGGCUAAUGGAGCAUAAGAUACCCAGGUGUCCAAAGUUUACCUUUGCUGUUGUUGAUGUCAGGGAUGUUGCUAAAGCUCAUGUUGUGUGCAUGACGUCACAGGAAGCUGCAGGAAAACGUCACAUUUUGAGUACAGCCAAUUUGUGGCUGUCCGACAUUGCUAAAAUUUUAGACAGUGAAUUUUGUCAACAUGGCUACAAUAUUCCUACGGGCGAGCUGCCAAACUUUGUCACAAAUUUGGCUAGCUUUUUUGAUAAGGGGUUGCACUCUGCCAAAGUUUUUGCCAGUAAAGUUAUUUUGUUAGACAACAGCAGGAUGACCAAGGUACUCAACAUCAGUCCACGUGAUGUGAGGACCACGUUCAUAGACAUGGGCAACUCUAUGAUUGACCACGGUUUGGUCAAGAGAUCAGACAAAUACAAGGGAAGGCCUAGUGCAGGCCAACAACAAGCCAGCGAGUGAGAGAACCAUGUACGAGUUGUCGGUCAUGAUUUGCUUAUUGUCUGUAGUCAGUCAAGUUUUACUUAUUAUCUGGAGUCAGGAGUCAGUCAUAAUUUAAAUAUUGUCAGGAAUCAGUCAUGAUUGUAUUAAAUCACAAGUCAGCCAUAAUUAAUAUUGCUGUAUAUACUAAACUAGUCAUCCGUUGUGUAAGCUGCUUCAUAUUGAUUCAAUUUUUACUGGAAAAAAAGCACCAAUGUAUCUUAUUUAGGAUUAAAAGGGGCAUAACUCCUUAUUCAUAGACUGUGUUACAAUAAUGGAGUUAUGUCCCUCAACUCUUUAUUCUUUGAAAAAGAAAAUAUCUAAGAUUUCCUUUCAAUGUAUUUGUAAUUGAAAAAGUAUAAAAUUUUGUGUAAAGAAAGUUGAACCUCUUUAUUUUUAUAAAACUUGAACAAAACAAACAGAGUAUACUGCUUGAUAUUCAAUUUUAUGACCAUAUUGAACAAGUGCUAAAGAAAUACCUAAAAAAAAUAA